CUGUGCAAAUGUUUGAUAAGGUUUAGUAUAACAUGGCCGUAAUGAAUAAACUUUGUGUGGCUGGUGACAGCUCUGAUUCUUACUCAGCUGAUUAACGAUUAAACUGACCUCACCGAGGGAAUAAUGAAGCUUGCUGCUAAAAUCCAACAAAGUUGAUAACUCCUUAAAAUCUUAUUAAUCAACUGCUAUCCCCAACAAGCUUGUACAAGGAGAGUUUGAGACGUGUAGGAGUGCUGCUUCGGGUGUCUGCAGAGCCAAGCAGAGUCAGUCAGCAUGUGAGGUUGCGCUUGCAUAAUACUGUACAGUACUCAGUGCUGCGUGUGCAUAAUAGGUCAAAGAUCGAGAUGGUGGAUGCCGUCAUCAAAUCCUACCGCGAAUCCACCUCAAAGUGCUGGCUGUCUGUAUACUGUACCACUUCACAGCAGGGCUCUGACAUGCACCUGCAGCAACAAACACUCGCCAUGGAUAGUAAUCCUGUAGGCAUUCAGCAGCAAGAUACAAACACCUUGGCCACGAUCACGGAGAUGGUCGAGGCGACAUUGUGCAACAUUAUCGCGCGUGACAGGGACAAGGGCCCGAGCUUGGUCCUUGCGCCGCUGCUCUAGCAGUUUUAGCAGAGGCAGGGCCCUUUUGCUCCUCAGAUCUCAUGUGGGGUUCUGGCCUCUGAUCAGAUCAGGGUCCCUGUCGCCCCGAGGCAUCCAUGGAAGUGCGACGCAAUCAAUGCAG